AUGCAUUUCAUAAACCAGACCACUGUCACUGAGAUUAUUCUCCUUGGAUUUCAGGAUCUACUACACUUCAAGACAUUAUUUUCAUUGUCCCUUCCUGUUUUUCUUUUUGUGACCGUAUGCGGAAAUAUUCUGAUUAUUUGGCUAGUGGCAUCUAACAGCAGUCUCCAGUCUCCCAUGUAUUUCUUCCUAACACAACUGUCCAUUUCUGAUUUACUUGUAACUGCAACCAUUGUCCCAGAAACCAUUUUUAUUAUAUUUAAUGAAGGUGGUACUAUGUCUUUUUCAGGUUGCCUUAUUCAGUAUUAUUUUUAUGCUUGCACUGUAGGCUGUGAAUGUUUUCUACUGUCCAUAAUGGCUUAUGACAGAUAUCUGGCCAUCUGUAACCCUCUGAGAUAUAGCUCUUUAAUGAAUGCUACGUUACGUGUUACAUUGGUUAUCAUCACUUGGCUAUUCAAUCUUUUCACAUCAUUAACUAUACUAAUAUCAGUAAUUCAACUUCAGUUUUGUGGCCCAAAUGUUAUUGAUCAUUUCUUUUGUGAUAUUUUCCCAUUAUUAGAUCUUUCUUGUUCAGACAUCAAGUUACUUGAAAUGGAAAUUCUUAUAUUGUGUGUACCAAUAAGUAUUACUCCACUCAUAAGUAUUAUAGUAUUUUAUGUAUGUAUUGUCCAGGCUGCCCUUAGGAUUUCCACCACAACUGGAAGAUCAAAAGUCUUCUCCACUUGCAGUUCCCACCUCACCGUGGUUUCCAUUUUCUUCGGCACUCUAACUGGAAUUUAUAUGAUUCCCACCAAAAAAAAAUAUUUGACUGCCAAUAAAAUUGCUUCCUUGUUAUAUACUGUGGUGACUCCUAUGAUUAACCCAAUCAUAUACAGUCUGAAGAACAAAGAUAUAAAGGAUGCCGUGAAGAAAAACAUUGUUAAAAUUAAUAAAUACAAUCAAAAUUGA